AUGGUUUUUACAAGUAACUUAUCGAUUAUAAAUGCGCGUUAAACACUUCAAAAUUGGCAAGACAACUUCAAUGCCCCUUUUCACAUCAAACUGCAUGGUAUUUACUAUGAAUAGCACUUCCUUUAAAUGCAAAGGUCUCUCAGAUUCUAUGAGAAAAAUGUCUAUAUUCUGAAUCAAAAGGCUCUACGAAUCUAGCAUUGGUUCUUUAAAACUCUUUCAAGAUUACCGCUAUAAUAGAAAAAAAGCACAGUCACAUAGAUGAAGACUUCAUCCUUAUAAAAUACAGAUAUAACCUAGACAAGGUCCUCAAGUCCCGAGCCAUAAGUCAUUCAAGUGAGGAAAAAAUCACCAUACAAGAACAUCACAGUGGUAGGUUCCUCUCCAGACAAGAUUUAGUAUGAGAGAGUGGAGUAAUCUCUGAAUCAUGAUGUGGUAUUUCAGACUAAAGUGGUAUAAAAACAGCCUAGACGAAAAAAUUAACAUUAGGAUGAGGUCUCAAAUAGUAAUACUAUUAGUAGUAUAAUUGAGAAUAAUUAGUCUUUAAGCUAGCACCAAUAACAAUUAGCCUAGCCAGAAGGUAAAUUGAGAAAUUUAAAGAUUUAACAACAGAGUUUUAUGAAAAGACAGUAGUAGGAUAAGGAUUCAGUUAAAUAUGCUAUGAAUCAAAACCAUUAAACCAUUGGUAGCUUUAUCAAAACAGAACCAACUAGUUCCUUUACUAAUGCCUCUUCUUCUCAUAAUAGCAUAAGUAUGUUUAAGAAAUCUACUUUAGACUCUAAUUUCCAAGCUGAAAGCUUCAAUGAAUCAAACGGCACUCAAAUGAAUGUAAAUGAGUUCAAGAGAGUUAGAACUGUUGCUGAAAAGAAAAAAGAUUAAAUAAAACCUUAUAAGAAGGAUGAGAUUAGAGCUGAGGAUACUCUUAAUAAGAUAGAUAAGCUCCUCUAAACGACAGAAAAUCUAACAAAUCUUAGAAAAUUACUUGGUGAAAGUCAACUGAACUCUAGUAAAAGUACUAAAAUCAUAGUAAAUAAAGAUGAGACUUAGCAAGCAUCUGGCCAUUCAAUCCCUAUAAAGACAACUAUAAAUACCUAGACUUUAUCAUCUAAGCUGAGCAUUAUAAAAUCACCUUCAAACUAAAUAUGUCUGAAGAAACCUAUUAUUGCUCUUGCAAAUUAAUAAGAGGUGUAAAUCUAGAAGUAAAAGAGUGUUAAGGUACUUUAGUAAGUUAUCCCUAAUACAAACUAUAAUUCAGAAAACACCAACAGAUCCAACAGAUAAUCAAACUAAAUGAAGUCCAAUGAGAAAAGCAUCAAAGAGUAAAAAGAAAAAACAGAGAGCAGACUUGAGAAAUACAAAAAUCAAACUCCUAGAACUGGAAGUAACUAAAAGGCUGCUGGAUCUACUCUGAAUAGUCAUCGAUCAAAUAAUAAAAAAAAUUCGCCUUAAGUGAACUAGACAUCAAUAAAACACAGUCCUUCCCCAACUUAAAAGCUAGAAAGAAAAUAUUCGGAACCAGGAAAAUUGACUAUGAGCAGGUAAAGUUCUGAGUUGAAAAUGAGACUUCAGAAUGUUGAAUCUAGAGUCCAUCAAGAAACUAAGUCAAUCAAAGCUAAGUAUGGUUCAAGAACACAUUCAAAUGAUAUAUCUGUGACUCAAAAAGGAAAGUUUAGGACUCCUUCAUCAUCUCCACCGAAGAAUCAAGCUUAACUUAAAAAGGAGGAAAAGGAAUAGAUGAAAAAGUGCUUCAGCUAAACAAUAAUUGAAAAUAAAAGCAAGUAGCAAUAGAUUUCUAGAAAUCAACAACAGCAUUAUUAGACAGAGAUUGAGCCAUAAAAGACUACAGAGUUAGUCUAGUUCACUAAAAGAUUGAGUUCCUAGCAUUCAUAAAGCUCAGAUAGUUUUACUAAGAACUAACGUCGACCAAGAUCUGAACGUCAAAAAUCUCAAUCUAUAGAGCAGCCUAACUAAAGUUAAAAUGAGGACUCUAUCAUAUAAUAACUUUAACCACCCUAGCCCACUCUUACUAAUUACGUGCAACUCCCUCAAAUACUAUAUGAAUGGAAUAUGAACAGCAUAAUCUUUGAAGAGUAAAAUGAAUUCAGUGAAUCCAAGGAGAUGAAAAGCAUAGAAAUUAUGGCUAAUUUGAGAAUAAAUUUGGCAUCACAAGAUAUCCCUAGUAAAAAAAUUGACUUCUAUCAGAGUAUAAACAAUAACAACCAUCAGGAGAGUACACCUGUGAAUUAAGAUCACACUCCUUAGCACUUUGACAUACUCAGCAGUACACAUGAGAGAAGAUUAACAGGAAAUGGAAACGAGGAGAACAAGAGCAGCAAGUUAUUCAAUGAAUCGAUUCAUUUUUACUCAGAAAUGAAUCAAGAAGGACUUGACAAUGAGGAAGAGACUCCUCAUAAAUACACUUCCCCUUAGAUUUCAAACAUACAGUUUAUUCAAUCACCCUCUUAAGUAUCUGAUAACACUCUGAAUGUUUAUGAUCUAGAAAAACCAAUUGAUCAAAAUAAGUAACUUGCCCCUACUCCAAAGCCAAAUCAAAGAAAUGACUUCGUCCUAGACUACUAAACUGACUCUAUAUUCAAGCAAGACAGUAAUUAUUCAUAAAGCAAUGCUGAUAAUGACCUUGAUAAGUAUAUGUUUUCACCAUCUUUAUCUCAAUCUGAUACUGAUCAAAAUAGCAAGCAAAGAUAAAAAGAAUUCAAAAGACUUUAGCAAGCCAAACCUGAUGGCUUAAGACAUUCAAACAACCGAAGUGCCGCUUAGACUGUGAAGAAUUUACUCUAAUCAGGAGCACUAUCUUCAGCCUUAUCACCUGUAAAGAAUGAUGGAUAGCAAAGAAUAGUAGAGAUCAAAUAAUUAGAUGAUGAAAGUGAGAGCGAAAACAGCAAGGGAGAGGACAGUUUUGGGGCAUGCAAUAAUAAGUUAGUUUAUAUAUUCAACUGA